AGCACCAAAGUUGGAAUUUAAACACCAGCCAACUGAAAAGCCAGUGUUCUCCAGGCUCAUCCUCUGCAACACAGCCUUCACCAGCUUACUCUCAGGUGAAGCGCACACCCUACGAGGCUAAAUAUGACAACAAAACAGGUCAGCAGCAGAUUCCCGCUAUGAGAGGACAAGAGCAUGUGAAAAAAUCAUCUUAUAGCAUCAGAGAAAAGAAAACACCUAAACCUGAUAGUGCAGCAGAUCCUGAGGAACAUCAUCUUGCACGCUCAGAGACCAAAGGAGGAAAGAAUGAUUUCAUCGGCCAGACCCAGGUCCCCACUGACCUGCACAGCGUUAGGACACUGCUGUCUGUAUCCAGGCCACUCCAGUUCCAGCCUCACUCAAAAGGCCUCAGGAGGUGCUUAUUUAGCAAAUUCAACCUUAAACCUGAGUGCAUGGAAACUAUUGAUGCAGUGUCCAAGGUGGAGAAAGGUCAGAGUGGAUCCAGAGGAGCCAAGAGAAGAUGUCCAGCAUGGUGACCUGGGCUCAAGUCAAGGUCCUUAUUUCUCUGGUAAGAGCAAGGAUACUAAAACAUGUUUGAGUGCUGAUGAAAUUGAUCCCAUAAAGAGAAAAAUGUUGACAGUACUGGGGAAAAGGGGGAUAGUUGUAAGAAUGAGGUAUUUUAAAGUGUUAGAAGAAUGAGAUCCAAAGAGCAAGAACUGGCUUGUCUUAGAGAGGAGUAGAGACAGAUCUUCAAUUAUCAUGGGAAGGAAUGUACAGAUGGAGCUAGGGGCAUAGAAUCAGUGGAGGGAAUUGAAGAUAAUGUCUAUUUCAUCUAAUUUUUCAGUAAAGUAUGAAAAUAAAACAUCAGCUCAUGGGGAGAGGUCCUGGAGACUUAAGGAGAGAGAAGAUAUGCAAUGAUUAUCUCAGAAAAUGGAAAAGUAAAUCUGCUAUAGAAAUGUUAGAUUAACUGAUAUCUGAGUUAGAUUAUCUGGUAACCAAGUGCACAUGCAAAGUGAGUCCUGCGAGUAGUAUUGUGAUAUUUCAACUUCUCUGGAGCAAGCUCAGACUAAGCGAUUGUUUGGAUUUAUCCAGUAUUUAUCUAGUCAAGAAUGGCAAGAGGAGAGAAAGGAAAGAAAGAUAAGUGGUUUUUCAAGGCAUUGAUCUUAAUGAUGGGCCAUAAACUAUAAGCUGGAAGGUGAGAGAAGUGAAGAUGAGAAGGGAAACAUACAUACAGACAAAGCUGUAGAAGAGUGAGUGGAUUUGAGAUAAUGAUGUCAGUCUCCAGAGGGAAGAUGCCAGAGUGAAUAAGCUACCAGGACAGAAGAGUAUUGUAUGCAAGUGGAAUGUACUGAAACCAAGAUUUUGAAGAUGAUGCAAUUGCUGGAGAUGACAAAUCCUAGGGCAUGACUAUGUGAGUAGGUGGCAGAGGUGGGUGGAGGAAGAAAUGGUCAGAGCUACUAGGCCAAAGAGCUAAAGGGCCAGAGUCAUAGAGAUUCCACCUUCAUGCAUGCUGAAUUUGCCAAGAAUGAUAUCGGACAGAGAGAAGAGGAAGAAGUAAGAGGAAGAAGAGGAAGAGAGAAGAGGAAGAAGUAAGCCAGACAUUCAAGUUGUCGGUCAGUUAAUAACAACAAAAUAAUUACAGACACUUAUAUGGCACUUAAAAUAUACCAAACACCAUUCAAUGUACUUCAUGUGUAUUACCUCAUUUAAUUUUCACCUCUACCCUAUCCUCAUUCUAAAGAUGAAUAACCUGGGUCCCAAAGUAUUAAUUAACCUUUUUUACUGUCAUAACUAGUAAAUGGCAGAGACUGAAUCCAACCUAGGCAAUCUGAUUCCAGGGUCUAUGACCUUGACCAUGAGUUUCCUCUACUGCUCU